AUGUUAGUGAAUCAUUUCCGAAACGGCCACAAAUUGAAUACUGUUUAUUAUUUCUAUUUUCAUAUCACAAAGUUCGACCACUCCACCAGUGCCGACGUCUGGAACCAGAUCAUAAAGGACAGUAUUCUGGGUUCUGGGUUGAUCGUGAAGGCCGUCUUGUGCAAUCGGAGCAGUCGCGCAAUCUACGCCUACGGGCCGCAGGAUUUCACUCCUUCUGUACAACAAAUUGAUGUGAGUACUAUUUGUGACCACCUUGAAGGAUGUAGGAUUCUGGGUCUUCAAUGUGUUCUCUUUAGUGAAUUGUUAAAUAAACGGUUAGCAGAAGAUGCAGACAAGAAUGUUGUCAACCCUAAUUUCUGCAUUGCACUAGAGGAAUGUACGUACAAAGAUGUGACGGACGAUAAAAUCCUCUUAGCGUCUGUGAACAAAAGUGAUCUACUCCAAUCAGACCAAUCAACGGCAACCUAUGAGCUUGCCUCGGUCGUUACAACCAACAGUCUACUGAUUGGCAUCUAUCCACUUGCCGGAAACCAAGAGGCGGCCAAACAGCUAUUGUGUGACAUGCGUGACUACCUGCAGGAUCAAGGCUUGUAG